GGAAGAAGAGGAGGAGGGGUGUGUGCGGACGCCGGCAGAGCCGGGCCACCUCGGCUGGGGAAGGCAGGGGUGAGCGGCCCGGGCCAGAGGGACGCGGGGCCCAGAGCCGAGGCAGCGUCCUUCGUGCCAGACUUUCCAUGAUGGAAGAGGAACAGCAGAAGCAACAUUCACAUUGUGUGAAUUGUGUCAGUAGACGAUGCAUGACUAGACCAGAAACCGGGAUUUCCUGUGAUUUGAUUGGCUGUCCAUUGGUUUGUGGAGCAGUUUUCCACUCAUGCAAAGCUGAUGAACAUCGAGUAUUGUGUCCACUUGAACGAGUGCCUUGUUUAAAUAGUGGCUUUGGGUGUCCUUUUACGAUCACCCGAAGUAAAGUUGCUGAACAUCUAGAAAUAUGUCCUGCCAGUGUGGUAUGCUGUACUAUGGAGUGGAAUAGAUGGCCAGUUAGUUAUGCAGACCGAAAAUCGUAUGAAAAUCUUAGCAGAGAUGUUGAUGAAGUAGAACAACUAGACAUGGCAUUGGCCCUUCAGGACCAAAGAAUGCUCUUGGAAUCUCUCAAAGUUGCCACUAUGAUGUCAAAAGCAACUGAUAAAAUAUCAGAAUCCAAAGAACAAAUUCCAGCUAAAUCAAGUGUCCCUGAUGUAUCACAUACUAAUGGUUUGGUGUCUGUUGAUGGAGAGUCUUAUGGUGCACUCUAUCAAGCUACUGUAGAAACAACUAGAAGUUUGGCUGCUGCAUUAGAUAUCCUGAACACUGCUACACGAGAUAUUAGUGUAUUAAAUACAAGACUAUGUGCUUCACCAAGUGAAAUGGAUGAAGAACAAAAUUCUACUAAAAGCUUGAAGAGUAAGAGCUCAAAAGACUGUGAAUAUCCAAAUGAAGAUGAGAUGGGAGCAGUUGGUGGAUUUGACCAUAAUGUCUCAGGGCAGAGUCCCCAGUCUGAACAAAAUGGCUCAAAUGAUUUCUGCUGUGACUUGAAUGAUAGUUUUGAUAGCACUUCUGCUUUCUGUAAUGGAUUUCUUUUAGAUAAUAUGCAUGCAGAGGUGAUGGACCAUAAUGAGGAUUUUAGUAGUGAAUUAGAUCUACGUAAUUUAACAAAUGGUGAAUGUGUUCCUUCUGACAAAGCUUUGCCUACUGAUUCACUUUCAGUAGCAGCACAACUUGGAGAAGGAAUAUCAUCUAGUACUUUGCCAAAUGGAACAGUUCAGCAUAUCCUCUUACCAGAUGACUCCAGUGGAGAGGAAAUAUUAGAAAAUAAAGCAGAACAAGAAGGAUUGAGGAAUGUGGAUGUCCUUUCUUUAAUUCGUCCCCAAUCUUUCAAAUUCUUUUCCAGUUCCUGUUGGUUCAAAGCAAAGGAAGAUAAAGCGGUAGAUACUGCAGACUUAGAAGUUACUGAAGACCCCAUGGGCCUUCAAGGAAUAGAUUUAAUCACAGCUGCUUUGCUGUUUUGUCUAGGGGAUUCUCCUGGUGGAAGAGGUAUAUCUGAUAGUCGUUUUGUUGAUGUCUGUCAUGUUGACUUUGGGACUCAAACUUUUUCACUUCCUUCUGCAAUUUUAGCCACAAAUACAAUGGUUGGGGAAAUAGCUUCUGCUUCAGCUUGUGAUCAUGCCAACCCACAGCUCUCAAAUCCAAGUCCUUUUCAGACACUUGGACUGGAUUUAGUAUUGGAAUGUGUGGCAAGAUACCAAAUCAAGCAACGUUCAAUGUUUACAUUUGUUUGUGGACAAUUAUUUAGAAGAAAAGAAUUUUCUUCUCAUUUUAAGAAUGUUCAUGGUGACAUUCAUGCUGGACUCAAUGGCUGGAUGGAACAGAGGUGUCCUUUAGCUUAUUAUGGGUGUACCUAUUCUCAGCGUAGAUUUUGUCCUUCAACACAAGGGGCAAAGGUUAUACAUGAUCGACAUUUAAGAUCGUUUGGAGUUCAGCCGUGUGUAUCUACAGUAUUAGUAGAGCCUGCUAGAAACUGUUUGCUUGGCUUACAUAGUGACCAUCUAAGUAGUCUUCCUUUUGAGGUCCUACAACAUAUUGCUGGAUUUUUAGAUGGUUUUAGUUUAUGCCAGUUUUCACGUGUAUCACGGCUAAUGAGGGAUGUAUGUGGCAGUCUGCUUCAGUCCCGUGGAAUGGUCAUACUACUGUGGGAAAAAAGGAAAUAUCCUGAUGGACAUUCAUCAUGGCAGAUACGAGAAAAGGUAUGGCGAUUCAGUACUGCAUUUUGUUCUGUGAAUGAGUGGAAAUUUGCUGACAUCGUUAGCAUGGCCGACCACUUGAAGAAAUGCAGUUACAAUAUUGUAGAGAGAAGGGAAGAAGCUAUUCCAUUACCAUGUAUGUGUGUAACCCGGGAACUCACUAAAGAAGGACGAUCACUACGCUCAGUCUUGAAACCUGUACUUUAAAUUAUAGUCACUCCAUUUGCGCACAUACAA